GCCGCACCGUACUCCGACUCCGUACCCAUGUUCGUUUAGUCAGUCUUAUUGCGUCACGCCGUUCGGUAUAACGUUAGCGUGGUUAAAACCUUUUAAUUUCGAAUUAAAACGAAUAUCUUAAGUGCAUCAAAAUGACGAUCAGCAGACUGUCCAUCGUUAAAUUCCUUGAACUGGCGCUGACCUGUUCAUGCGUGGCCCUGCACUACCACAGUUAUAAUGCAGACGCGGAUCUCGGUAUGCUGGUCACCGGGACAUUUAUUGGAUAUCUGAUUAUAUUUGCUGGAGCCGCUGCAGGUUACUUGAUGCAGACCCCGUCACACAAACGUAUUGACAUCUUCUACUCGUUGGUCGGCGUUGCGCUGUUCGUCGCCAGUGGUGCGGUCAUCAUUGACAGAUUCCAACACUACGGCAAAAGCGACUUUAGAGACAAGAAUCUAGCCAAGGCGUCCCUCUCCAUCAUUAACGGAGCCGUUUUGCUCGUUGACGCCGUGUUGACACAACGCGGCGGCUAGAUGGCGCCAUUUUCUAUUUAUAUCAAAACAUAAAUUUUAAACGGCUAUGAUAAAUGCAAGCACAUUAUUUUAUAUGUAUAAAUGAAUGACCAGGCAAUUUAUACUGAAGUUUGGAGAAUAUUUAUUAGCCUACCUCAAAAUAUUUUUUGAUAUAUAUACAUAUUCUAUUCUAUUAAAACUCUACAGAAAAUAAAAUUCAAUACAUGAUAAUAUGUAGUAUAUAUUAUUAUACAUAUAUGUAUUUUCACACAAUAAAAUUAAUAUAUAAAAACUUUAUAUUAAAUAUAAAGUUUUUAUAUAUUAAUUUUAACAAUAAUUACAUUUUUAUAAUUCUAUAUUUAUGACAAAUUUUGAUAAACGCUUAAGCUUUUGACAUAUUUGCUUAUAUUUAGUACACAUGAGGUUAAGAGAACAAAAUUAAUGUAAAGUGUCUUUUAAUUUAUUGAUUUUAGAAUUACUUCAAUAAUUACAAAGAAAUGUUCUUAAUUGAGUUUAUUAACGACGAUAAGUUAUGUUAAGUUUAGUAAUUUAUUUGUUUUUUAAGUUGUUAUAAACGCUUUUAAGUUAAUUUCGUUAAGGACAAGUAACAUUGGGAGGAAAAAUCUAUGACCUUUUUUGAAU